AUGGCAAGCGCAUCGAGUAAUUCUUCUACUUAUGUUCAGUGGAUGUGGAAUGCGAAUGAAAAUCCGUUUUCGACGUCACAUUCACCAGAAUGGCAAUCAUAUUCAGAUGUAGAAAACAUGAUCAUCGAACACGCAUUUAGAGCUGGUCAAACUCAUGCUAUUUUAGACGAUUACCAUAUUGAUUUUAAACAUAAUCUUCAAAUCUCCAACAAUGAUAUCAACAAGCAACGACACGUUAAACGAACGAUUCGUAAUGGAGAUAAUAUGCCUUUGAGAAGAGAAAGAUUUAUGUCCAAUCCAAUCGCUCCCAAACGUCCUUAUAGUGGUCUAUAUGGUUUUAUUUCUCCUUUUAUACAAGCAGUCGUAAAAGAUCUAAAUAUUAGCAGAGAUCGAUUGCCCUCGAAAAAUAAAGUCAUUGUCUCAUUCAUCGUCGAAAGAGCUGCUAUGGGAAUUAUCGAAGAAGGAAAAAAACUUGGAAAGCAACGUGAAGCCGAACUGAUCGCAAAAACAUUGAUAGAAAAAAAGGAAACAGGAAUGGAAGAAGUAUGGCGAUGUUGUGCUUAUCUUUACUCGUUGGAAAGUUUUCUAUACAAAAAAUUGAAUGAAACUAUGCGAUUAAUAGGAAGUGAAGAACAUGAGCAGAUCUGGCGAAGUAAAGUUCGCACAUUGGGACCGUUUUGUUUGCUUUUAUGGGAUAAUCCAUUCGAUAGGAAAGUGACCAAACCGGGAACAAUUAUUUAUCGUGGAGCACAACUACCUGACGCAUUGAUUAAUUCGUUUAAAGACGACUACUCAAAAGAUUCGAAACCAAAACAUUCAUUUCAAGCUUUUACUUCUUGCACUCGCAAUCGAAAUGUAGCCGAAUCAUUCGGCAAUGUUCUUUUUAUUAUGGAAAUUCGAGUUGCUUUCACUGUUGAUCUUCGACCAGUAUCUAGAUAUCCUCAUGAAGAAGAAGAACUACUUUUUCCAGGAGUCUGUUUCGAGAUCGAUCGAAUCGAUUUUGACAAAGACAAGAAUAAAUACUUGAUCUAUUUAAAUCUUCAACAACGACACAAUAAACCUGAUCUUCACCAAUUAUCAAACAAUUCAAAGCCAUUCACUGAAACAAGGGAUAGUACUCCUGCUGAUAAUGGUGCUGACAUUUUUUUCCGUUUUAUUAAACCUAGUUUAUGGAAUGACACAAAAUUUGCUGCUGAUUUUAUUGCUAAGACUAACACUAAUCUUAAUCCUUCUCGUUUUCCUCCUAAUUUUGCUGGUAAUUUCGAUACUGAUCGUGACGGAUUUGAUGAUGAUUGGGAUAACUAA